AUGCAGAUACUAAUACAAUUUAACCUAGACUCUGUUCUGAAUGACCUACGAAUAGCUCUCUUACCAAGAACCCGGCAGAUUCAACAUCUGCAGACAUUAUUUGACGCUUCAUGCAUCAAAGAUAAAGGAACCCAAGAGUACUACUGGACCCAAGAAAGUCUACAAAAGUAUAUAGAAAAGGCCCACCCCGAUGCCAGCUUCUCAGAAAGCGAGAUUGCACUUUUGUGGCGAUGCUUUUAUUUCUCUGCCUAUCACCCAUUCCCAACUUCUUCUGAAAUUGACGCCAAGAUUGACCAAGAUGCAUUCGAGCGCGCUGUAACAUUACUAGCAGCACAAGGAACCGAUCUUCUAGGCACGUUGGAGGAAGGAGAUUAUUUCUGGUGCUCUGACAAGGACGCUACUUCCUUCCACAUGGCUAGCUUUGACAGGGUAGUCAGGAGCGCGACCUGUCCUUAUCAUGGUUAUUCAUGUUUAUCUGCAUCCAUCGUGGUCGAUGUGAUGGAUGUUUUGGCCAUGACGCAGCCUCAAAAUGUGAACUUCACUCCAUCUGCGGAUCAGCUUGAGCCUGUAGCCCGAAAGCUUCUUGAUGAAGGUCCUACUAGGAGGUGUCGUUGCCGGGCUGCUACUAAAGAUUUGUCAAUGCUCCUAAGUAUUUUGCUACGGAUGAAACUCGAAAAGGCCAAAUGGGGUCUUGGUUUUCAUUUUGGGGGCUUUGACAAGGCUAAUUCUAAGAAUGAGAAACUUGCCAGAAUUAUGGUAGAGGACAUAGGUCUGCCGAUGGAUUUUCAUCCCAGCACAAUGGAUCUGCUGGUAAGUCCAAUUGACACUUCAUCGGGCAUAUCUGACUAUUCCAGCCAAACCUACCGCUACGAUUCCACCAGCUCUGGGCUGUUCUAUUCCAACCACCGAAGACCACAAACAACCAAGUACCAGAGACAACAAAAGCGCCAAAAGAAAUACCUGCACGAAUCCUUCGAGCUAUUUCAUUAUUCAUCCCUCAACAGCAAACCCCCAUCCGCUCGCAGACAGCAUCCGCAGAUAUGA